AUUUAAUCAAAGGACAGGGUCAUAAUCAGAAAAACCAAACAGAAGGGGCAGACAGCCAGACGUUACUAUGCCCGGAGUCUAUGCUGGCCAGCUCGCCAGGUUACCCAGAAGACCUUGUUCACCGUGCCACCAGUCAGCUACUCCAGCAGCACAACUGUGAUGCCGCGUCCUCCUUACCAUGGCAGAGGAGACUAGACGCACUGAAUAACAAUAACAACCCUGACCGGCUGAAAUCAGGACCCUGGUCAGUUGUCCAGAUACAGAAACCUCCCCUGCCACUGAGUGGCCGGGACCUGGUGGUGGCCAGUGCCACAGACUUACAAGUCCCCACUUUACAGAAACCCAUCCCUUCACAGGGAGGGAAAGGGAACAGCGGCAGUCGCCAGCCACGCAGCAGACACGGAAGUCUCGACUUGUCAACGGAGACAAGCAGUAACAGUAACAGCACCGGAGUAAACAGCAGUAACAGCAGCCAAGUCCAACAACAUAUAUUACAGCAGCAGCAGCAGCACAAGCAGGUGCUUGGCGCGGGAGGAAGUGGAAGCGGUAAGCAGCAAAGGCGCCAGGGUUCCACUAGCAGUGACCCCAGUAGUGGUGGUGAUGUCGAUGGUCAGGUCGGUCCACUAUCGGUCAGUCUGGACGGGCGUAUGAAUACAGAUGGUGUGGACAGGAAUACCAUGACCAGGAGUAACGUGCCCACUACCUGUACAGAGUCCCACCUGCCAUGGAUUAAUCCGAUCACCACCCAGCCUCACCGCCCUCAGCCUGGGCUGCUGCCAUCAGGAGCAGGGGGUGGGGGGCUGGGAGGUCCAGGAGAAGCACCACACCCAUUUCUCCCCGGGGUCCACUACCCCGGGGUUUUUAGACCUCCACUGACUCUUCCAGAUCAUGCGGGUAGAAUCUACCAAUCACAGUUCCCGAUGUAUUCUUCUGCAACAACGUUGCCGUCUUACCUGCCAUCUGUGUACACGGGAAAUUCUGCAUCUCUCAGUCCGUACUCGACUAUCUUUCCACAUUAUGGGAUGUACCCUCCCAGUGCGUUGACUGUGUUUCCAACUGUAGACACUUUUGGCGGGAACAGUGCGAGUUCCGCCCUGCAGGACUUAGGUCGCGGGCAACUACCUCACCCCCAGAGAUCCUCACUCUUUCCCCCCGGGCCACAGAUACCUCCAUAUCUCCCACCGGGCACUCCCCCAGGACCAAGCAUUCACCCCCAGCCCCCUACACAACCCCUCACCCCCACACACCUGCCACCAAAGGAAGCCACGUCAGGCCCGUUAAUGCGACGGCCGCCCUCUCCUGGCGGACACGGUGGACACGAACGAGGGCUACCUCAACAUUCACUCUCACAGAAGGCCUCGCAGUAUCGCUCUGAAAUGUCCAGACACACAGGGGGCGCUGGUGGGGGUGGGAAAGAGGGGCCAUGGAAGGCGCAUAAGGUCGAAAGGCCCCACGACACACACUAUGACAGCACAGGUGGCUCAGGGAAUUCUAAGGGUACUGCUCAAGUUUUCAAAGGAGACACCCCGUCUCCCAAACGACAAAGAACUCAGAAGCAUCCUCCACCUUUACAGCCUGCACAAGGUGGGCCUCCGCCUCAUUUAGGUGGUCCACCCCCCGGGGUAUCAUUCCCCACCCACCUCCCUCCUCCCCCACCCCUCCAACCCGUGUCCACGUUCCCGCAGCCCCACUUUCCGCCUCACUUUAUGAAGGGCUCAAUCAUACAACUAGCUAAUGGAGAACUUAAGAGGGUGGAGGACUUACGGACUGAAGAUUUUCAGCAAAGUGCAGAUAUAAGUUCUGAUCUCAAAAUAGACUGCAGUACUCUGGUGAAGGUCCAAGAACACGCGGAUUCAGGGACGGCCUUGCUCGGAUUCUCUGUAGGGGAACAUAAAGUACAGAAAAUCCGUGCGGAAAAAAAGAAGUCGGGCAAGCUGUCCAGCUAUACAGUGACAGUAGAGGCAGCCCUGGAGCAUCCUUUCUUUGUUUUCGGCCAAGGUUGGUCAUCCAUUAGUCCUGAACGAACUUCUCAACGAUACGGGUUGCCAUGCCAGAAACUUAAUGUUGGAGACAUCUGCAUCUCCUUAACACAUAAAGACGUCAGUAACCGCGUGGCCGAACUCUCCCGCCAAAAUCAGCCUGUGGAGAGGGCCUCCGUGUCUUUUAGCACACUGAGUGUGUCUGGGGGUCAAGGUCAUGCACCUGCGCUCGAGAGACAAGGUCAAGGUUACAUACGGUUUCAGGAGGCAGAAGGUGAAUUACGAGCGCAGGCUGCUGUCGGCCAGACUCAGAGAAGCACAGAGACGCCAUUACGUGUGUCAUUACCUCAUAUUUCUACGGAUUCCACUUCUACUCAGCGAAAGCGACGCUGGUCCGCGCCAGACCAGAUUGGGAUCAUGGCUUCGCCCAAGCCGAGCCCACCAAAGGAAGGAAGUCCACAGCCGAUGGAGGUCGGGAGGAGCAGCAGCAGUGGCGCCCCUAGUGGUGGCAGUGGUGGCCAACAUGGAACUAGCGGCAGUGGCAGCAAAUCUGAACACCAAAAAUCAUGAUGUUGGGACUAUUAGGAGAAAGUAGUUAGUCUAAGUAAAAGUGGUAUAUUUUGAUACUGAGACGUAAAUCUUUUUUGUAUGUGACAAAUUGAAAGCUAUUGGUUGUUUUAUUUGCUGUGUAUGUAUGUACACACAUUGCUUGUGCAGACUUCAACAAUGAAAACACUCAUUCACUGUACAUAAAUCAUCCAAAUUUUAGUAUUCACAUUCAUGCUAUUAGCUAGAGGUUAUUAUUAUUAUCAUAAUUAUUAUUAUUAUUAUUACUACUACUAGUACUACUACUACAGUUAUUAUUAUUGUGUGUUAUAUAAAUUCCUCAGAAUAUCUCAAGAUCUGCUAAAUGAUAAAAUGUAACUUUUUAUGUACAACUUAUUGUGUGAUCGAAGCAUUGAGAAAUGUGUGAUAUGUACCUUGGUAAAUAUAUCAAUCUCUCUCCUUGUCAGAGCAUCUCAUUGCAGACCUGGAGGAGCUCAUAUAUAUUAUAUAAAAAUAUAUAUAAAAUACGAGAUAUAUCAGUUAAAGUUCUACCGUAGGAUCUUCUCAAAUCUGCCAAUCUGCUUCUGAGAUUGAAAUCACAACAUGGUUUUGUUGUUUGCUACGCAAGCAAUUAUUGUGUUAAUUUUGCAUGGUUGAUGUUGUGAGAGUUGUCAAUACUGUGUAUUAUUUGUUUGUAUGUUUGUUAUUUUAUUUAUUAUUAUUUUUUGGCAUUGUCUUUUUACUAUUGUUGACAGGGAGAGCAGAUAAUUAAGAAAUUGUGUGUUGUUGUUGUUGUUGUUGCAGGUGGUAACAUGCAUGAGAUAGGGCAGUCAAUAAAUUUCAUGAGAGAU